UAUCGGUGCAUGACGGUGACACCAUUAACAAUUGUCAUGACCAAAAGGUUCAGUGGUUAACCACAUUCCACGCGGACACUGGACGAUGGGGGAACCUGGUCCUUGCAUACAAGACCUUAGGAGUUGUUUUUGGGGGUCUUGUCACAUCUCCACUUUAUGUAUAUCCAUCAAUGCCAUUAAAAUCUCCAACUGAGGAUGAUUAUUUGGGGAUCUACAGCAUAAUGUUUUGGACGCUCAGUCUAAUUGGUGUUGUCAAAUACGCUACCAUAGCUCUCAACGCUGAUGAUCAGGGCGAAGGUGGAACAUUUGCUCUAUAUUCAUUACUCUGCAGGAAUAUUAAUAUUGGGAUUCUUUCUUCCAAGACUGCCAGUUUGAACUCAAGCCAUUCCUAUGUUAACCAAUCAAAAAAGCCAAGUAAGCUGGGUAAAUUUUGUGAGAGGAGUUUGAUUGCCAGAAGGGUACUGCUUUUCAUUGCAAUGUUGGGUAUGUGCAUGCUAAUCGGUGAUGGCAUACUUACACCUGCCAUCUCAGUGUUGUCUGCAAUGGAUGGCUUAAGAGCACGUUUUCCGUCGGUCAGUAAAUCAUUGGUCGAAGCUCUCUCAGCAAUCGUUCUCAUUGUUCUAUUCCUCCUGCAGAAAUUUGGUACUUCAGGAGUGAGUUUCUUGUUCUCUCCUAUCAUGGGUGCAUGGACUCUUACCACUCCUCUCGUUGGGAUAUACAGUAUCAUUAAGCAUUAUCCUAGCAUAUUCAAGGCAAUAUCACCCCAUUACAUAGUCCACUUCUUCUUAAGAAAUGGAAAGCAAGGAUGGAUAUAUCUUGGUGGUACUAUCCUCUGCAUUACGGGCUCUGAAGCAAUGUUUGCUGAUCUUGGUCAUUUCAACAGGAGUUCGAUUCGGAUAGCAUUUCUCUUUACUAUAUAUCCAUCAUUAGUGCUGACAUAUGCGGGCCAGACGGCAUAUUUGAUCAGAAAUCCAAACGACCAUUUUGAUGGAUUUUACAAGUUUAUACCAUCUGCUGUGUACUGGCCAAUUUUUGUGAUAGCCACAUUAGCUGCAAUAGUUGCAAGUCAGUCGCUGAUUUCAGCCACCUUUUCUGUUAUUAAGCAAUCAGUUGUGUUGGAUUAUUUUCCUCGGGUGAAGGUAGUUCACACAUCCUCCAGCAAAGAAGGUGAGGUUUACUCACCAGAAGUUAACUACAUCCUCAUGAUUCUCUGUGUUGCAGUCAUACUAAUUUUUGGAGACGGACAAGACAUCGGAAAUGCCUUUGGUGUUGUUGUUAGCUUGGUUAUGCUUAUAACCACUAUAUUGCUUUCAUUGGUUAUGAUCAUUAUUUGGAGAACUCCACUUGCUCUGGUUGCACUCUACUUCAUCGUGUUCUUUGUGAUGGAAAGUGUAUAUGUUAGUGCAAUCUUCACAAAAAUUCCAGAAGGUGGUUGGAUUCCUUUUGCCAUCUCUCUCAUCCUUGCUUUCAUUAUGUUUGGCUGGUUCUAUGGUAGGCAGAGAAAGCUCGAGUAUGAAUUGAUGCACAAGAUAGACUUGGAGACACUAACGACACUGCUAAUGGAUCCAGGUCUUCAGAGAGUUCCAGGACUCUGCUUCUUCUAUACAAAUAUUCAAGACGGUUUAACCCCAAUAUUAGGUCAUUACAUAAAGAACAUGAGAUCUCUUCACAAAGUUACUGUAUUUACAACUCUUCGGUAUUUUCUAGUACCUAAAGUAGCACCAGGUGAAAGGAUAGUUGUUAGCAAACUAGGUCUCAAAGGGGUUUAUAGAUGUGUGAUCCGGUAUGGUUAUGCGGAUAAGCUUAGUCUUGAAGGUGAUGAUUUGGUUAAUCAAGUUGUUGAGAGUUUACGGGCUCAUCUGCUUCAGUGCUCCAGCCAUAAUUCGACGGAGGAAGAAGACGAAAUUCCCGAGUUGGAAGAGGCAAAGCUUGCUGGGGUGGUCCAUAUUCGUGGAAAGACGAGGUUUUAUAUUGGUAAGCAUUGUGGAUGGUUUGAUAGAACAAUGCUUGCUUUCUAUGAAGUUUUGCACAGCAAUUGCAGAUCUGCACUGCCUGCUUUGGGUGUGCCAUUACCUCAACGUAUCGAGGUUGGUAUGCUUUAUGAGGCUUGAUUACAGGGCACUGGUACAGUACCAAGAAGGUUGAUCACAACCAUAACAGGUAAGAUCAAUAUUGAUGCUUUCAACAAACGUAUCGAGGUUGGUAUGCUUUAUGAGGCUUGAUUACAGGGCACUGGUACAGUACCAAGAAGGUUGAUCACAACCAUAACAGGUAAGAUCAAUAUUGAUGCUUUCAACAUAUUGAUCUAAUCUAGUUUCAAUGCAUAUAUGUUUUCAUUUUUCAAAAGUUAAAAGAUGUAUAU